GCCAAUUAGCUCUGAUCCGGCUGUGGAAACAAAACAACAUAAUUGUUAAUCUAGAUGAUACGUAUUUUAUAUAUCAGUAUUUAUUUUUUGCGCAGACGUUAAUACAAGAAAAUUCAAAAUGCGUGUAGUGUUUUUGACUGCGUUUAUUUUCAUUUCUUUUGGAGUAUCUUUACUGUAUGCAGCUCGUUGGUCAGAGUGGCAAGACCUGACAAUUUGUACAGCGAAGCCAUGUAAGUGCAGAGACGAAAAUGAAAAAUGUGCAUCAGGGAAAAAGGUUCAGAUUCGCACGUGCAUCCGGGAAGAUGGAGACACAUCUAUAUGCCAAUGGCAGGACGGAGCUGGUGCGAUGAAAUUGGAUGAAAGUUGCAAAAAUGAAAACGUAUGCCCAGGUUGGUCCGACUGGAUUCCAAUUGGGAACUGUGACUGCAAAAAUGAAAUUCAGAUGGUCAGAAGACUAUGCAACAGUCCAGUGCCUAUUCAUCCGGAUGUUCUUUGUAUUAACAAAAAUACCGGCGAGAUGAUUAAAGAGCAGAAGAGGCAGGAUCCUUGCAACUGUACAGAGGAAGAAAAAAGGGCAAGAGCAAAAACAACAACAACAACAACAACAUCGACAACGACUACCCCACUGCCUACAACGCCACUUCCGUGCUGUGAAGAUAACAGUUACUAUGAUUACAAUGUUACUUCGUAUGAUGAUGACGAAUUGCUAAACCAAGCAACAACAACAACAAGUAAACCACUGCCGACAAGGAAACUAUCGGCUCUAGAGGUCGAAUUGUACGCUGAAUACGAUUCUAUGUAUGGCUCACUCCCUGAAGAGGGCUGUAGACCAUGUGGAAAUGCAACGGAAAGCGGGGAAAACGACGAUAUCGGAGAUUACAAUGGCGGUAGCGAUGUUUUCGGUUAGAGGCUCACAAAUGACUAGGCAGCUUUCCAGAUUUUUUGGACACUUCUGAUACCUAGGACAGUAACCUUAUGAACUUAGUGCGACUACCUGGUAGCUGUGUUUCACUACAGUUUUCCAUCACACUAUGUCUAUUGCUGAUUCUUAAAACGGACAAAGAUGGGAAAUUAUAUGUGAUAUAACAAAAUUAACUAAAACAUAACUUGAACAUUUAGCACCAAAGUCAUUGGUUUGUGUUAAGCUCAUUUUUUUUGUAGAAUUUAAACGGAAAUGAAAAAGAUGUAAAUAAAUCUAUUAUCUCCUGUUUAGUUCCA